AUGUGGUCAAACUCUAUUGAGGAAGCCUUUUUUCAGGCCGUCAAGUGGCAUGACCUAUGUGGCACCAAUGGCAUCAUACUCAACCCAUCCAAGUUUAAAUUCGCCAAAACUACGGUUGAGUUUGCAGGUUUCGAAAUAACUCCCUCCACCGUGCGCCCAUGUGCCCGCUACCUGGAGGCCAUUCGACAUUUCCCCACACCUCGGAACAUCACCGACGUCAGGAGCUGGUUCGGUCACAUCAAUCAGGUAUCCUAUGCCUUCGCUUCCGCUGAACGCAUGCUCCCAUUCCGGGAAGCGCUGAAGCCGGGAAAACGCCUCGAAUGGGCAGAGGAGCUCGGCCGUCUGUUUGAAUGGUCAAAGGAGGCCAUCAGCAACGAAAUCCACCAAGGGGUUGAAAUAUUUGACAAGAAGAAACCAACUUGCCUUGCCACCGACUGGAGCAAGGAUGGCAUAGGCUUCUGGCUCUUCCAGAAACAUUGUACUUGUCUUUCGGAAAAGCCAUUUUGCCGCAAAACUGGCUGGAAGAUCACCCUGGUCGGUAGUCGAUUCACAUCAGGAGCCGAGUCCCGCUAUGCGCCCAUAGAAAGUGAAGCCCUGGCUGCGGUUAAUGCACUAGACAAAGCACGCCAUUUCACCUUGGGUUGUUCCGACCUGAUCGUGGCGGUGGACCACAAACCUCUUUUGAAGACGUUUGGGGACCGGUGUCUCGACGAUAUCCCCAAUCCCCGCCUCAGGAACCUCACGGAGAAGUCCCUUAGAUAUCGCUUCCGCAUCGUCCACAUCCCCGGUCUACGCCAUGCUGCAGCAGAUGCCGUCUCCCGCAGACCAGUGGGCAGCCCUAACACUCUCAGGCUCCCUGAUGCUGCCGCUCCCAUUCUGCUCCCUGAUGACCCUCCCUUGACACCUGAACUGCCACACGACUUUCUUUCUGCCAUCUGCACCCAGGAACUGGACGACACCAACCAGGUAUGCUCCAAACCUGACCUCGCUCCAACUGAGGUGAUCAAGUCAGUGACUUGGGACGAGAUUCGACUUGCAACAUCCAGCGACUCUACAAUGACUGCUUUGAGUAACACUAUUGAGGAUGGGUUCCCUGAAGACAGGACUUCUCUGUCCCCUGAUCUUCGCCCAUACCAUCAAUUCCGGGAGUUCCUCACUCACGACAUUUGA